AUGUCUUCACAUACUCCUCUCACACAGUUCUACUGCAAGACCCCCAAAUCUAUCGAGCUUAUACUGGGAAAUCCUUCUUUCGACAGUACCUCCAUUUUGGAUAAUUCAAAUCCACCAGAUAACGCUUCCUCCUCUGCUCCUGCUUCCUUCUUGAUCAUCAGAUCCUCGACCUACUCUCCUGAUGGAAGGGUUUUUGUUUUCACCCAGCUCAACUCGGUUUUUGUAGUGGAUUCUGCCUCUUCAGCCGACCCUAUCAAGCUCUCCUUUGACAACGAUGUGUUUGACGUCCAUUUGUCUCCUAACUCCUCAUUGUUGUCUGUUUGGGAAAAACCUUCCAAAGAUGCUCAGAAUAACUGGAUCAACAACGUCUCUGUCUACAAUCUUAAAUCUUCCACUAAAAUUGCUGACUAUUUGGCCGUAUCUCAAUCAAACUGGAAACCACAGUACACCUUUGAUGAAAGAUUUUUCACAAAAUUCAAUUCCAAGUCUCAAAACCAAAUCAACAUCUACGAGAUUUCAAAGGAUUUCACUGAGCUAAAUCUCAACAAAAAACCCUAUGCUUCUCUUGUAUCUCCAACCACUAUCCAGACCUACCAAAUCUCCCCCGGCCAAAACCCUUCAAUUGCAAUCUUUAUCCCAGAGAAGAAUAGUAAGCCUGCUUCCGUUAAAAUCUACCAAAUAACUAAAAAUCUAAAUUUUAAUACUCCUAUCAGCUUCAAAACUUUCUUCAAAGCUGAGAGAUGCGUCUUAAAAUGGAACAUCCUCGGAACUGCUCUAUUGGCUUUGGCUUCAACCGAUGUAGAUGCCUCCAACAAAUCCUACUAUGGCGAAAGCAAUUUAUACCUACUCCCUCGCUCCUCAGCUCAGUCGAGCUUUUCAAGUUCAACAAGAAUUACUCUUGACAAAGAAGGCCCCAUACACGACAUCUCAUGGUCUCCUUCCUCAAGAGAAUUCGGUGUCAUUUACGGUUACAUGCCCUCAAAAACUGCCUUUUUCGAUGUCAGAGGAAACCUCCUCCACCAACUACCUCAACUACCCAAAAAUACAAUUUUAUUUUCUCCUCAUGCAAAGUUCAUUCUAGUUGCCGGUUUUGGAAACUUACAGGGAACUGUCGAUAUCUAUGAUCGUCAGCAAAAAUUCAAAAAAAUCUCCUCCUUCAAAGCUGAAAAUACCUCUGUAUGUCAAUGGUCCCCUGACGGUAGAUUCAUCCUAACCGCCACCACUUCCCCAAGACUAAGAGUCGAUAAUGGUGUCAAGAUCUGGCAUGCUUCCGGAAAAUUGAUCUUUAUCAAAGAAUUUAAAGAAUUGCUAGGCGUCGAUUGGAAAUUUCAACCACUUGAAUCUUUCCCUCCCUUGAAAAAAUUAUUGGAAGAGACCCCAGAAGAGCACGAGUCCGUAAAACUUUGGAAACUAACAAACUCUACCAGCAAGAUUACUGCAUCCAAUAAACCAAAGACCGCUUAUGUUCCUCCUCAUGCUCGAAGAAAUGGUACAAAUGGUUCCACCGCUCAAACUUCCCUAUAUCAAAAGGAGCUAGCCAGAACUAUUGGUUCAGAUUUACAAAAGCCUUUUUCCCCCAGACAAAAAAUCAUCCCUGGUGCUCCUGAGCCCCCUGAAUCAAAGGCUGCUGCUAAAAAUCGUAGAAGAAGAGAAGGCAAAAAGCAACUGGCCCCAGCUGAUGAUUCCAUCUCCCCACCAAACUCAUCUUCUACCAAUGGCAAUACCGCUGAAUCAAAUGUCUCCUACGUUGUUGGUGGUGUUCAGUCUUUUGAAGAAAAAAAGAUCCGUAGUCUUUUGAAGAAAUUGAGAGCCAUUGAAACUCUCAAGACGAAACAAGCAAAUGGCGAGCCUUUGGAAGAUACCCAAGUUCUAAAGAUUAAAACUGAAGAUAAAAUCAGAAAUGAGUUAGCUGUUUUGGGCUGGGAGGAAUAA